UUCGGAUUUCUCCUUUUUGCCUGUGAGAGCGGGCGGCGUACCCAGAAGCCCCUGCUAUAGCCCAUGUACGUUUGAUGGAAUACAUGUAUGUACAUAGAAUAAAAGAGUCGACGGAGAUCGUCGCUCUAAGACUUUCAAAGCCGGCAAACAUGUCCGAUUCUAUCAAAUCCGAAAUUCCCGGCCUCCAUCAACCUAUAGUAGACUCUUAUACCACACCACUACCAACCGCUAUCCCGGCAAGCCGUACUUGCCAGGUUUAACAGCGCAUCGGAUUAGCCCCUGCUGCCGCCGUCAGCUUUGUGUCGAAAAUUCAUUGGCUGAUUUGUGUUAUGGCCUCAAGGUAUGAAGCCCAAGGCUGUGCUGACAUACAGCUAAAGCGGUUCACUAAAUACUAACUUGUCACCCCGCGAAGGAAACAUAGUUGCGUUGAGUUUGAAUCUGUCCAACAUCCUUCAGAGUUGUUUAUAAUUGGUGCGAAAACAUACCAUACCCAGCCGCCCUUCAUCUUUACUCUCCCUUCCUACAGCAGAAGUCUACCAGGAUGUCACAGGAUAUAUGGGGAGCGGUGGAGCCAUCAGCUCGAGGAACACAGAGAGGGAAUAUUAUUAGUUCUGCGAGUAGCCAGACGGAUAAAGCCCUUACCCCGAGGCCCCUUAUCCCGAGGCGGAAGUUGAGGCACGAGGAUUACACGAUUGGGUGGAUCUGUGCGUUGGAGGUGGAGCAAACGGCGGCGUUGGAGAUGCUCGACCAGGAGCAUGCGAAUUUAUCCCAGGAUCCUAUAGACUCCAAUGUGUACAAUCUUGGAAGUAUCGAAGGGCACAAUGUGGUCAUUGCAGGAAUCCAUGCUACUGGAUCUACGGCCUCGGCUAUGACUAUCACUCAGAUGCAGAGGACGUACAGGAACAUAAAAUUUGGGUUGUUAGUUGGUGUCGGAGGUGGUGUUCCAGUGACGACUGACAAUGGAGCGAUCCGGCUUGGGGAUGUUGUGGUCAGCAAACCGGUAGACGGCAAUUCUGGUGCAGUGCAGUAUGAUCGUGGAAAAGCCACAGAUGGCCGGUUUGAAUGUACCAGCUCUCUCCCUUUACCGCCAGCGGUGCUCCUCAAUGCCGCUCAAGCCCUGGCAGCAAAUCGGGUCAGGUUACUCCAAGACCCUAUUUUGACAGAUAUUAAGAGGAUCAAAACGGGAAAUAAAAAUCUCCGAAAGUAUAUGUAUCCUGGCCGAGGUCAGGAUCACCUAUUCAAAAAGAACUACACCCACGUUGGGCAAAAACAAUCUUGUGAUGAAUGCGACCUUUCUCAGCUAGUCCAACGGCCCGAGGACAACGAAGGUGACGAAUCGUAUUUGCGGGUGCAUAGAGGAACGAUCGCAUCCGGCGAGAAGAUUGUAAGAGAUGCCGUCUUGAGGGACAAACUCGCAGAACAGUACCAAGUACUUUGUUUUGAGACAGAGGCAGCAGGCAUUACCGACCUCCCUUUCCUCGUUAUCCGUGGCAUAGCGGACUACUGCGAUACCCACAAAAAUGACAAAUGGCAAGGAUACGCGGCGGCAGCGGCGGCAGCAUACGCAAGGCAGCUUAUCUGCUACCUGCCGAUUGCCAGGUCACGUAAACCCGCGAAUUUUGAUUCCACAGAGCAACACCAGGUAGUCUCCUGUUCCGACGAAGAAAAGAUACAGAAGAUUGUAAAAUCGUUGAAAUUUGACCUAAUAGAUGGUCGCAUAAGGUCCAUUAAGACGGCUCAUGACGAGACAUGUGGGUGGCUGCUGGAGACGCCUCAGUAUGAGAACUGGCUUCGCACGGCUCAUCGUGAGGCACACCAUGGACUGUUAUGGAUCAAGGGAAAGCCAGGGGCAGGAAAGUCGACUUUGAUGAAAUUUGCGGUGGAUGUUUCUUCGGAAGCCGGGGGAAACAGGAGCGUCAUAUCCUAUUUUUUUCACGCGCGAGGCGGUCCCUUAGAGAAGACCACCGUUGGGAUGUUUCGAUCGCUAUUGUAUCAACUUCUUACAAAACUGCCACAGCUCCGGAAGAUCCUUUGCUCCCCUAAGCUUGAAACUUGGAAAACUAAUGACAGUUUUGAGUGGAACAUUGAAUUGCUGAAAGAUCUUUUCACGGAUGCAGUCAAAGCCCUUGGGGAGUCGCCUGUGAUAUGCUUCAUUGAUGCAUUGGAUGAAUGCGAUGAUGAUUCACAAGCUAGGCGUAUAUUGAUGUUCCUUUAUCAUCUAUGUGUGAAAUUUGCCAUCAAAUGGAAGACAUGCUUUCGAGUCUGUGUUACAUCCCGCCACUACCCCAAUAUUUCAAUCCCAGAACAUCUUAGCCUGAACCUUGAACUCCAUGCCGGGCACAGCAGCGACAUUACCAGGUACGUAGCUAGCGAAUUAAGAAUCGGCACAGACCGUACCGCUCAAGCAGUUAGAACUGAGCUCCAACGAAAGGCUUCGGGUGUAUUCAUGUGGGUUGUCCUUGUUGUGGAUAUGCUGAACAAGGAGAAUGAUGAAGGUUGUUCUCCAAGACAGCUGCAGAAAACGCUGCUAGCCAUCCCUGAUGACCUACACAUGCUGUUCCGUAACAUCUUGACGCGGAACAAACAGAACAACGAAAAGUUUUUGCUUUGCAUGCAAUGGUUGCUCUUUGCAAAACGUCUCCUCUCCCCUGAAGAAUUAUACUUGGCGAUACUCUCUGGCACAAGCGAUGAGGACAUUCCAACCAGGGAGGCGAUUGAUAUCCAGCCUGAUAGAGUAGUGAAAUAUCUUCUUAAUUGCUCCAAAGGUCUAGCCGAAGCGAUCGGGUCCAGAAAUCGAACUAUGCAAUUCAUACACCAGUCAGUAAGGGACUUUCUCCUUGGGGAACACGGACUGGAAUCGGUUGAUCCCAAUCUUGGGGAUAACAUUAUCGGACAGAGCCACGAGCGGCUGAAGCAAUGCUGCCACAACUUCAUAAUCAACAAUUAUUUUGGUCCAGAUAAAUUCCCUUCUUGUUCUUCUACUCAUUGGACGUCAUUCAUAGGAUAUGCUACACGAAGAAUCCUGUAUCACGCUGAUAUAGCCGAAGGGGAAGGGAUAACCCAAGUGCCGUUUCUUGAAAAGUACGGGACUAGUCUGUUUUUAGCAUUAACUACAAAUCGAGAGGCUAGCCCUUUGUAUGUGGCAGCGGCAGCAAAUUUGUCAAACCUCAUCAGGAUUCUCCCGUCCAAGCUAUCAUAUCUCGAGGCAGAACCCUCAUUCUGGGUUACCCCACUUUUCGUGGCUAUUUCGAGGGGCAACGAUAACGCCUUGCGGGCAAUUCUGAAAGCCCAAGCAGAAGCACUACCCACCACAUCUCGGGUUCACCAACUAUAUGGAAGUUUAUGUGAUGAUAUACCUAAAUCCAAAUACUUACGGGACCAAUUUAAACUCAGGUUCAGACUUGUUGAUGGAGUUAGCCCUCUUUCAUAUGUUGCAAUUCAUUGCAGUGAGAGAAUGCUUGAUUUUCUGCUUGAAACAGGGAGAUGGCUUCCAGAUACCAGGGAUCAGGAUGGCCGGACACCGCUUUCAAAUGCUAGUUAUUGUUCAGUGGAUCAGAGAGUUAUCAAGCUGUUGCUUGCGAACCCUGAAGUUGAUCCUAACUCACGGGAUGAUGCUGGCCGAACACCUCUGUCAUAUGCUGCAGAAGCGGGAAACACAGACUGCGUCACAGAACUCAUUCAGGACAGCAGAGUUGACCUUGACUCAAGGGACAAUAAGGGCUGGACACCACUGUCAUAUGCUGCAAGAGCGGGAAAUGCAGAGUGCAUCACAGAACUCAUUCAGGACAGCAGAGUUGACCUUGACUCAAGGGACAAUAAGGGCCGGACACCACUGUCAUAUGCUGCAAGAGCGGGAAAUGCAGAGUGCAUCACAGAACUCAUUCAGGACAGCAGAGUUGACCUUGACUCAAGGGACAAUAAGGGCCGAACGCCACUGUCAUAUGCUGCAGAAGUGGGACACGAAUACUGCGUCACAGAACUCAUUCGGACCGGCAGAGUUGACCUUGACUCAAGGGACAAUAAGGGCCGGACACCACUGUCAUAUGCUGCAAGAGCGGGAAAUGCAGAGUGCAUCACAGAACUCAUUCAGGACAGCAGAGUUGACCUUGACUCAAGGGACAAUAAGGGCCGAACGCCACUGUCAUAUGCUGCAGAAGUGGGACACGAAUACUGCGUCACAGAACUCAUUCGGACCGGCAGAGUUGACCUUGACUCAAGGGACAAUAAGGGCCGGACACCACUGUCAUAUGCUAUAAUAAACCAGUGGAUAGAAGCAGUGGCACUCCUGCUUCGCACUGGUAAAGUUAACAUUGACUGCACCGAUCGCCAUGGUUUGUCACCAAUGGACUACGCUCGCCGAUUACAGUUGGCGUACCUAGUAUUUGCCUGCCUCGAUAUUCUUCAGAGCCCUACGAGUACGGAUGAUCCGAUAUUAAACCUCGCACAUCCAGAGCUGGAAGCAGCGAACUAG